AUGGGAGCCCGGCGCCAGGCUGGGAAAAGGGGCCUGGCGCUGCGCGGUGCCUCCCGGCCUCACGUCGUCGCUUCUGCAACAACCGGCCCCAAGAAGGGGACCAGCCCCAUCCUGCUUUCUGCCCAUUUACCAAGUAGCCUGGAUAAAGCACCUUUGUCGAAGAGUCUGUUACUAGUCCCAAGUGCCCUCUCAAUUCUAUUGACUCUACUCUUCCAACAUUAUCAGAAGUUCUUUGCAUAUAACCUACAAGCUAUAAAGGAGGAUUUUCAGAUUUGGAGACUUGUAUGUGGGAGAACAGUAUGCCUUGAUCUGAAAGACACAUUCUGCAGCAGUCUGCUCAUUUAUAACUUCAGAAUAUUUGAAAGAAGAUAUGGCAGCAGAAAAUUUUCAUCAUUUUUACUGGGUGCCUGGAUGCUCUCAGCUUUGUUUGACCUUCUCCUUGUGGAACUUGCUCAGUAUAUAUUUGGCUUCACCAUCAAUGUUUUGCCUUCUGGUUUCUUGGGUCCUGUAUUUGCUUUGUUUGUACCAUUUUACGGCUCCAUUCCAAGAGUGCAGGUGACACAAGUAUUAGGCCACUUUUCUAUCACAAACAAGACACUGGUCUAUAUACUGGGUUUACAGCUCCUAACCUCUGGUUCCUACAUCUGGAUCUUAGCCUUAAGUGGAUUGAUUUCGGGGAUUUGCUACAAUAGUAGUAUAUUAAAAGUUCAUCAAAUUCUUUGUGUGCCCAGCUGGGUAGCAAAAAUAUUUUCUUGGACUCUUGAACCAAUCUUCUCUUCUGCGGAACCAACAAAUGAAAUCCGAGUCGGAAUGGGAGCAACAGUGGACAUCCAGAGACAGCAGCGGAUGGAAUUAUUGGAUCGUCAAAUCAUGAUGUCUCAGGUUGCACAGAUGCGACGGCAAAGGCAACAGCAGGGUGGGAUGAUUAACUGGAAUAGACUGUUUCCUCCUUUGCGUCAUAGACAUAAUGCAAAUUACCAAGAUCAUCGCCCGUCUGAUCAAGAAACACCUCCACCUACUGAGGUUUCUGAAGAGCAGGUUGCACGACUUAUGGAAAUGGGAUUUUCCAGGGGAGAUGCUCUAGAAGCCCUGAGGGCUUCAAACAAUGACUUAAACGUAGCCACUAAUUUUCUCCUGCAACACUGA